AUGAAGGCCCAGGCGUUAGCUGACCAUUUGGCUGAAAAUCCGGUCGAUGAUGAAUACCAACCUCUGAAUACUUACUUCCCGGACGAAGAGCAUUAUCCGACUAGAGCCAGGCUUUGGUUUUUCUGUAGAAACAACACUGCCGAGUAUGAAGCCUGCAUUAUGGGUAUGAAUAUGGAAAUCGACCAAGAUGUCGAAGAGCAGUUGAUAAUGGGAGACUCAGAUCUGAUUAUCCGGCAAGCCCAGAGAGAAUGGGAAACCCAAGAUGUUAAGCUUAUACCUUACAAACAGCAUGUGGAAGACCUCAGAAAGCGAUUCAAAUCAAUAGAGUUCAGGUACAUCCCUCGUUGUCACAACGAAUUUGCCGAUGCACUUGCUACUUUGGCCUCAAUGCUACCACAUCCAAGCAAUGCCCGCAUUGAUCCCUUGGAAAUCCAAAUCAGGGAAAGGCACGGCUACUGUGCUACGGUUGAGGCAGAACCAAACACCCAGCCAUGGUACCAUGACAUCAAAAGGUUUCUAAAAAUGCAAGAAUACCCUGAGCAAGCCAGUGGGGACCAAAAGAGAACCAUUAGACGACACGCGAGUGGUUUCAUUUUGAGUGGUGAUGUCUUGUAUAAAAGAACUCCGGACCUCAAUUUGUUAAGAUGUGUUGAUGCAGAAGAGGCUGGAAGGAUCAUGCAUGAAAUAGACGCAGUAGUGUGCGGACCCCACAUGAAAGGGUAUGUUUUGGCAAAGAAAAUCCUCCGAGCAGGCUACUACUAG